CAUUAGUUGUUUCAAGCUCAUCAUGGUCAAGAAUUUAAUAUUACUGCUAGUAAUUGGGAUUGUCGUUACUGCAGAACUAGGUCUUUGUACUAACAACCAAUCGGGUAAUGGAUUUCGACACGUAAAGACAAAUAAACUCAAAGGUGGAGGAACUGUGGACAUCUUUCUCCCAGAGGAUUCUGAUGAAGACACAGGAUUGCAUCACGUAGGAACACAUAAAUUACCUGGUGGAGGAACGGUUUAUAUUUAUGAUUCUACUGGAGGAAAUAAUGUUCCAAAAGCUAAGGUAAAGUCACCUGACACACCGAACACUCUUCUUGGAGACUUCCCACGAUGUACAAAAUAGUUUAUGUUUGAGUUAUUUUUCGUACAUCGAAUAAAUUGAAAACGGUUAAUUAUUUUAAAC